UUUACAGUCUGGCAGUACCUAACUGUACAACUCAAAAGCAGUAAUGGCAGACAUACUUCCAGACUUUCUUGAUGACAAGUUCCUGACUGGUUGUCUACAAGGAGAGUUUGGAAGUUCUACAAUCGUCACUCACUUUGAGGCAGAGUCUGCAGUUGCAGAAGGAGAAAACUUCGCCAGUUGUAUUCUAAGAGUGAAAUGUUUCUACAAAAGAAGUGACAGCAAAAAAUUAGAAUCAACCAGUCUCAUUUUAAAGGCUCCAAAGCAACAGGGGGUCACAGAUAUGAUAUUUACGAAGGAAUGCAAAGAACAGUACUUCUAUUCCAACAUCGUGCCUAAACUGUCUAGCUUACACACAGUAGAUUAUGUCCCGAAGUCAUACAAAUGUAAAAAUCCCUUGGUGGUUGUAAUGGAGGAUUUAAACGUAAUGGGUUUCAAAGUUCCAAAUAGAAGGGAUCAAUUAGACUUUGAACAUUGCAAGUUUUGCAUUCAAUCACUAGCAAAGCUGCAAGCUACAAGUAUUGUUGUUGGACAACAAGACCCUAAAUAUUUUGAACAUUUUAAAUCUAACAGCUUCAAGAUUUUUAAUAAAAAUCCGUUUCUAAAUAAGAUAUGUCCUAUUAUAACUUCAAUAGGAGCUAACAGUCUUGCUGACUCGGUUAGAGGUCUGAGCCAAUAUGAAGACAUAGUUGACAUAUUGGAUAAAGUUUCAAAGACUUUGUGGGAGUUCGUGCUAGUGUCGGGUGAUACUGAACAUGCACUGAAUAGUCUUAUUCAAUUUGACGUUUGGCCGUCAAACUUUAUGUUCAAAUACGAUAAAUUUAGGAAAGUCGAAUCAGUGAAAGUUCUGGAUUUCCAACUAUACUCCUUCUCACCUGCAGUAAUUGACAUCGUCACCUUCAUUUGGAGAGGUGCCAACAAUGACGUCAGAGAGACUCGUCUGGACGAACUUUUCCAUAUUUAUGUUGAUACCCUUAAUGGACUUUUGUCAGAUCUCGGCAGUUCCACGAGAUUGACAUUUUCUCAGCUGAAAGAACAGCUUGAAAUUUUAAGUCCUUGGGCACUGUUUGCUGUGUGUUUCUAUCUUCCAGUUGGCCAGCUUAAAGAACCUUUGCCACUGGAAACUCUGUUUGAGUAUUGUGAGAAAGAACCGAGAAAAUACUAUGACUUACUAAUGAAACAAUUCAAAGAACCCUCAACAGUCUUCCCGUCAAUAUUAUUACACCUCAAAGCUCAGGGUGUGUUUGAAAGCAUAUCAAAGUUAUAUAUAAAAUAAAAAACUACAUUAGUUAAAAGGAAUAAAAAUAAAUAUUUAUCUUGUGAUAAGGAAAAA